UUCUGAAGUGGGGGACUGAUUUAUCCAGGGUCAGGACUGGAGUCCUGGUGGAUCAAAUCUCUGCUCUCCCAUUGGUCUGUAAAUGUGACUCUCCUUGGCCUAUGGGGCCUGAGAAAAGGAGUGGGGGUGGGCCUUGAAUUCCCCAUGCUCUGCUCUGCUCUGCUGUACCCGAAUGUCUCCCUGCUGUGGAGUGUGCAGGAGGCAUUGGCCUGCUUGUCCAGCCCCAGGAGGCUUCUGCAGGGGAUGAUGGACGAGGAAGGGUGGGACUUACCCUUAUGGCUGCCCGUGUGCCUCCUGGCUCAGCAGCCACCUGGGCCACCUAGCAGCAUAGAAUUUUGGUCUAGGGACAAAAAGCCCAAGAAUGGGGACAAUCACCUCUGUCUUGUGUCUUGCUCAGAGGGGCAGCACCCCAGCCUGCAGCUGAGAUGGGGUGUGAGGAUCUUCUCAGGGCUCUGCCCAGGUGUACCUCUUGGCCCACUUUGCGAAGGGGAGGGACUCCUGGGGACAGGGCUCCUGGUUUUGGCUGACUGGACUCGCAUGGGGGUGCCUGUGGGCCCUAGGGAUGAGAAGAAAUACGUCCGGGCCUGUGGAGAAAGGGCCGUAGCCACAACGGCUGGAGCUCUUUGUCUAGGAAGUGCCCGAGCGCUCUGCUCAAGGGGUAGGGGCGUAGGGCGCCUGGGGUCCGCCCCUUGGUUCCCUCCCCGACGCAGCCGCCGGCCCGCCCGCCAGUCGGGGCUGCAGCACAUCUGGCGAUCCGGCCACAUCUGGGCAGCCGGCGCUGGAGCAUGAACGGCUCUCAGGCGGGCGCUGCGGCUCAGGCCGCCUGGCUGAGCUCGUGCUGUAACCAGUCGGGGUCGCCGCCGGAGCCCCCCGAGGGGCCGCGCGCGGUGCAGGCGGCGGUGCUCGGCGUGCUGUCCCUGCUGGUGCUUUGCGGGGUCCUGUUCCUGGGCGGCGGCCUCCUCCUCCGCGCCCAGGGCCUGACAGCGCUGCUGACCCGCGAGCAGCGCGCGUCCCGCGAGCCGGAGCCCGGCAGUGCUAGCGGAGAGGACGGCGACGACGACUCCUAGGCGCCCGGCUGCGCUCAGUGGUCGCGGCCUCCAGGCGGCCCCUGACUCCGAGCGGUCCGGAGCAUGCUCGACGGCUGCUGCGGUCCCGACCCCUUACCGGAAGCGGCUCGCCCCACACAGAUUCCUGAGCCCCACCUCAUCUGCCAACCAGAGAGCCUGCUCUCCUGCUGCCGCUCUGGGGAUCCCCUGCCACCUUCAGCCCAUUCUUGCUGCAGAUGACAGACUGGGAGAUACCUGGCUUGUGGUGAGACCUCAACCUGGGAUCCUUGCACCCAGCUGCUGCCUCUGAACUGCUCCACUGGACCUCCGGAAGUGCUCAGUGUGGGCCUGGACCUGGGAGACCUGCACUCCCAGCCCGUUUGAGGCCUGCUGCAUGUCCUGGGCACUGAAGUGGCCACACAUCCUGGAUGCCUGGUGCAGCAGGUGCUGGCUGUGCCCCCUGCCUUCUGGCCUCUGAAGACAUGAGUGCAGCGCCUGUCCUGUCUCGUGUGAGGCAGCAAUGAUCUGACAGUGACCGGCCCCUGCUGCAAGUCAGUGCCUCCCAUUUGCAGGCCUGCGGCACCCCUGCAAUCCAGGAAUGCUGCAUCGCUUUCUGUGGCCUGUUAUUAAAUAUGCUGGUGAUGCAAGCUUCAGGUCUACGAUCUAUGUCUCCAGCGCUUGACUCUAGGAAUUAGUGGUUUGUUCCCCGACUCCUCUCCAGUUUUACCUGUUUCUAGCAGAUAUAGCAACUCCAGCCCCUGUCCCCUGGCCUCUCCUCAGUGGUGACUUUUCCCCUUGCACCCUCAGAUCCACAUCUUCCGAGGGUAGGUGUGAAGUGGGCCAGAAAGCCACCCUCACGCCAGCACUCGGCUGCCCCCCUGUGGCCAGUGUGGGUAAGAGCACUGCUUCAUUCAACCAGUCACUGUUGGGGUCUGUCUCAUCAGAGUCCAGCCUGAGCCUCAGCUUUGA